AUUUAGUUAGAAUCGAUGCAGCACCAAACCGAAUCCAGCUCCGUGUCCAAAAUUUUCGGAUUCAGUUAAGCAAAACGAGGUGGCUUGUGCCAAUUGCAAUAAUUUUUAUUUUCCUCCUCAAAUAUAGGCCAGAGAUAAAAGCUGGAAUAAUUAAUUCGAGACAAACAUUUGCAUUGUGCGAUAGAGUGCGUCGCAAAUAUUUCGGUUGAAGAGCGAGCGGUUGUUUGAGGGAACUUUCACAGAGUCGAUCAGCGUUGGCAACUCGAGUUCCAACUUAACUUUUGGUACAUACUUUUGUUCAUACGUACAUACAUUUUUCUCUAGACGCAGUGCAACUAUGAGCUUAUAUAAUUCUCGUUUGUUCUGCACACAUGUUUAUUCUUUUCGCAGCAACCGCAAACGACUACGACGUUUCAACCGUGUGCGCCCAGGAAAACUUUCAGCAGCUGUCUUUGUGCUGCAACAAGCAGCGCGAGUCGUUUAUCGCGGCCGAAGAGGCGGCAAAAUGCAACCCGAAGAAGAACGCCUGCCUCAACAGCGUCCUCGACGAGUACGUGCUGCACAAGUUCCAGUCGGUGAACAAAAAUCUCAUCAACAUGAAAUACUUCUACACCAAAACCAAUCUGGGCCCGGCCAUGUGCUUCGUCGAGUGCAUUUUCCGCAACGAGAAACUGAUUUAUCAGAGGAAGUCGAUCGACUACGAUAAGGUGAUGGACAAGUUGAUCUUGGCCGUCAACUCGACGGAGCAGCAGCGGAUGGAGCACAUGAUCAACGAGUGCCGGCUCAGCGUCAAGGACUUGCCGAUGAGUCCGAUGACGACGGCCAAGGCUCCCAGAAGGCCUUGCCUCAACCGGCCGCUACUGCUGGUGCAGUGUUUGCGCAGCCAGUUCAUGCUAGGCGAGUGCCCCCAGGAUAUGCUUGUUGAUUUUGAGUUAAUCCGAUACUUGAUCGUGACAUAAAAUUUAUGCCGGGGUUAAAUUUGAUUGACGUGUAUUGCAGCUGAAUUGUGCAGACGGACCAAGGCUGCCAUGAACAGGUGCGAGAUUGUUAGGGUUUGGACGAUAAUGAGAGUCUAUCAGAAGAUUCAAACUCAUUCCGACAAGAAUAAAUCAAAAUAAUAUUAAAUUAUGCUUUAAAAUUAUGUGUUUUCUAAUAAAAUUUUAACAUAAGGAAAGCUCACAAUUUAAAAUUUGGUUAGAUUUAAAAAAAAAAAUUAUUUGCAACUUCAUUGCAACAAAUUAAUUUAAUAACUAGUAUUUUGAUUAAAUUCAAAAUUUCAACUCUGUAAUUAAAUACCGGCGUUUACUUCACUGUGAUUUGAUUAAGAGAGAGCAAUAUAAUUACUAUUUAAAUUAAGCAAAUUGUUUCAUAAAUUGAAACCUGCCCUCAAAGACUGUCCCUCGAGCAAUUUUCCCUCCCGCUGCAAGGAGUAAAUGUGGAAGAAAUUCAAGAUUGAAGAUUUUAAAAUGUUUGUGAUAUAUCGUUCUUUUUCUCUCUCCAUAGUGUGGGUUUACCACGGCUGCCGUGUCUCUUUUGAUGUCGGGCGUUUAGCAGACAUCUGCUAGUUGUAAACCCUUUCUUAUCUUUUUCCCAAUUUAAAAUUUUUGUAUUGACAAAGAAGACAAAUAAUAAAAAAGUAAAUAAUAAUAAUAAUUCUCAGUGCUGAUGAUGUA